AUGGCCGCGUCCACCAUGUCUGUCUGCUCCAGCAACCUGAGCUAUGGCAGCCGGGUCUGCCAGCCUGGUUCCUGUGACUCCUGGAGUGACUCCUGUCAGGUGGAUGACUGCCCAGAGAGCUGCUGUGAGCCCUCCUGUUGCACCUCCAGCUGCUGCGCCCCAACCCCCUGCUUGACCCUGGUCUGCAGCCCAGUGAGCUGUGUGUCCAGCGCCUGCCAACCAGUCUGCACCAGCUCCUGCACACCCUCCUGCUGCCAGCAGUCUAGCUGCCAGCCGGCUUGCUGCACCCCCUCCCCCUGCCAGCAGGCCUGUUGUGUCCCUGUGAGCUGCAAGCCCGUCUGCUGUGUGCCCGUCUGCCCUGGGGAUUCCUCUUCAUGCUGCCAGCAGUCUAGCUGCCAGCCAGCUUGCUGUUCUAGCUGUACCUCGUCCCCCUGCCAGCAGGCCUGCUGUGUCCCCGUGAGCUGCAAGCCUGUGUGCUGUGUUCCCGUCUGCUCUGGGGAUUCCUCUUCAUGCUGCCAGCAAUCUAGCUGCCAGCCAGCUUGCUGCACCUCCUCCCCCUGCAAUCAGGCCUGCUGUGUGCCCUCUAGCUGCCAGCCAGCUUGCUGUACCUCCUCCCCCUGCAAUCAGGCCUGCUGUGUGCCCGUCUGCUCUGGGGAUUCCUCUUCAUGCUGCCAGCAGUCUAGCUGCCAGCCAGCUUGCUGCACCUCCUCCCCCUGCAAUCAGGCCUGCUGUGUGCCCGUCUGCUCUGGGGAUUCCUCUUCAUGCUGCCAGCAGUCUAGCUGCCAGCCAGCUUGCUGCACCUCCUCCCCCUGCAAUCAGGCCUGCUGUGUGCCCGUCUGCUCUGGGGAUUCCUCUUCAUGCUGCCAGCAGUCUAGCUGCCAGCCAGCUUGCUGCACCUCCUCCCCCUGCAAUCAGGCCUGCUGUGUGCCUGUCUGCUCUGGGGAUUCCUCUUCAUGCUGCCAGCAGUCUAGCUGCCAGCCGGCUGGCUGCACCUCCUCCCCCUGCAAGCAGGCCUGCUGUAAGCCCUCCUCCUGCAUGUCCUUGCUCUGCCGCCCUGUGUGCAGGCCCGCCUGCUGUGCCCCCACCUCCUCCUUACAGACAAGCUGUCCCCGCCCAGCCUCUUGUGUGUCCCUCCUCUGCCGUCCUGCCUGCUCCCGUCCAGCCUCCUGUGUGUCACUCUUCUGUCGCCCCACCUACCCCCGCCCAGUUUGCUGCAGCCUCUCCUUGGGCCAGAGGUCCAGUUGCUAA